ACAUUUUUUGGCAAAGAUUUUGGGGGUUCCUAAAUCUGAUGUACCUAGCAGGAAUGUAUGCGCGCUAUUGUCAAAAAUCUGGUAAGCGUUCUACCUGUGCAAUACGCUACUAUUUAAACCCUCCAUGUCAGGUGAACUGCGAGUUCAGGAAUUGAACUUCUAUUCUAAAGAGACAUCUGAUACCUGGAAACACCUUUCUGUGUGAUUUCGGUGGGUGGGAGGAAAGUGUAUCUUUUGACGUCUAGCUUCCUGUCUAGAGGCGGAGAAAGAGAAGGGCGGCCUGGGAGACUGAAGGUGAUAGAAUGAUGUCAGUCUGUCCACACCUCACCCCGCACACACAACUCAUGUAGAGAAGACACCGCGCUGAUCUGGAGAAGGAGCACAGCCUCCAACUGAUACAAAAUGUUUGAUGAAAGGCGCCGAUUCGAAGGGUUAAACCGCAGGAUAUCUCGCCUGUUUGAAUCCCCCAGGCUGUCGGCAGGCUCUUCCAGCAGCAAUGAAAAGUUCUCCAGCUCUGCAUCCCUCUCUACAGACUUUUAUGAUUCGGACCGACCUGUAAGCCUCAUUUCUACGGCAUCUUCCGGCUCCCUUCGCGAGGGCCGCGAUCUCUAUGAAAUUAUCAGACCGGCAGAAGAGGCGCCGUUGGGUAACGCUCCAUCUGGUCUGGCCAUGGAGCUAGUGUCUGGGGACACCCUGCACACCACUUUCCGGGACAUGCAAAGUGGAUUGAAAAAUUCUUACACUAUGAAUGGCAACAAUAAUGUUAACCGACGAAGCCACGGUUCUAGGUCUCUUUCUCCAUUUGGGACCAAAGUUAGUGGGAUUUCCAACAAACUGACCUAUGUAGAACGUGUGGUGCUGGAAAUAUGCGAGACCGAGAGGAUGUACGUUCAGGAUCUGCGCAGUAUUGUGGAGGAUUAUUUGGGAGGCAUCAUAGACAAACAGGAGCUGCCAAUGAAUCCAGAGCAAGUCAGCGCUCUCUUUGGAAAUAUUGAGGAUAUUUAUGAAUUGAACAGUGAACUCCUCCAGGACCUGGACAGUUGCAGAGAUGACCCCGUGGCUGUGGCCACCUGCUUUGUGGAAAAGAGCCAAGACUUUGAUAUUUACACCCAGUACUGUAAUAACUAUCCAAACUCUGUGGCUACCCUGACCGAAUGCAUGAGGAACAAAGUCUUGUCAAAAUUCUUCCGAGAGAAGCAGGAGUUACUGAAGCAGCCCCUUCCACUAGGAGCUUAUCUCCUAAAACCAGUCCAGAGGAUACUGAAGUACCAUCUCCUGCUACAGGAAAUUGCCAAGCAUUUUGAUGUGAAUAAAGAAGGGUAUGAAGUGGUGGAGGAGGCCAUCGAGACCAUGACUGGUGUGGCCUGGUACAUUAACGAUAUGAAGAGAAAGCAUGAACAUGCUGUGCGCCAGCAGGAAAUCCAGUCUCUGCUGCUGAACUGGAAAGGCAUGGAUCUUACCACGUAUGGCGAGCUGGUUCUAGAGGGCACAUUCCGCGUUCAGCGCGCCCGAAGUGAGAGGACGUUUUUCCUGUUUUACAAGGCCCUGCUGAUCACAAAAAAGCGCGGAGACCACUUUGUUUAUAAAACUCACAUCCCGUGUGCAAGUCUGAUGUUGAUUGAGAGUACAAGGGACUCGCUUUGCUUCACUUUAACACACUAUAAGAACAGCAAGCAGCAGCAUAAUGUGCAGGCCAAAACAGUGGAGGAGAAACGUAUCUGGACUCAUCACAUCAAGAAACUUAUCUUGGAGAAUCACCAUGCCAUCAUUCCACAGAAAGCCAAGGAAGCAAUUCUAGAGAUGGACGCAUAUCCUGGACGUUACAAAUACAGUCCGGAAAGAAUAAAGAAAACAAUGUCAGCAAUUGACCCCAUGGUGGCGCUGCGGACGGGGCGCAGACAGUCAGAUCCGAACCAUUCUAGAUACAUCCCGGGAAUUGUUAAGAAGGGAAGCGCACACACCGCAGAUAAAGGUCGCAGAAAGUCUGAGCCAACGAAGCAUAUUCUGAAGCACCUCGGUGAGAAAGUGGGCUUGAAGCACGCAGGUAGUGAUGGAGCACUACUGGAAUUUGAGGAUAUCCUUCAACCCAAUAAUGGCAGUCUAACACCCACCUAUGAACAACCGCAGACAGAGGGAGAUGAGGAGCGGCCUGCCAGCACAGAGCUGAGUAGAGGUUCAGGGGCAGAGCUCAGUGCUUCUGAAGAAGAGAAUGAGGAGGAAAUACAGUUGGGAGAUGAUGAGCAGAACAGAGAACAUGUGCAGCACGAGACAUCAAAAGGAUUCAAGAGGCAGAAUAGUCAAUCCUCCUCUGGGAACCCGGAAAAGAGACGGAGUGUGGAGGUAACUGCAUUUAGUGACGAAAUUUUGGAAGAAAUGGAAAAAGACCAUUCUGAAUCUGAAGAAGCUUAUGUUGCUCAUAUGAUCAACUCUUCUGAAAAUCCAUUAGACGCUCUUCUUGAACCUUCUAAAGAAACUGAGUCAGUAGAGGAAGAUAGGGAAACUGAUUCUGAUACCCAUGACCCUCUGGAUAAUGGGGUAACCGAGAAUGCAGAAGAUUCAAAAACAUUUAGUAGCGAGGAAGAUGAAGAAGAAGCAGCAGAGCAUGGGUCGACUAGCAUUCUCCCACCAUCUGUUUUAGAUCAAGCCAGUGUGAUUGCGGAGAGGUUUGUAAACAGCUUCUCUAGAAGGAGUAGCCUGGCUUUGGAGGAUGGUAAAGUCAUUGGUCCUACAACUCCCAAGCUAACAAGCAGGAGUAGCAGUUUAAUAAACCUGGAUUGUACAGAGAAGAUCCUCUAUCCUAAUGGGAACUCUGACUUUCCAGAAUCCUACAAAGAUGUCAAUGGCGAUGUUGAUGGGACAAACUCAGAGACUACGAUCAUUAAAGUUAAUUCUGUAGAAAAUGUGUUUGAGGAAAAAGAGAGAUCCACAUAUAAACGAAGAGAGUCCAUUCUCUCCUCCGAAGACAGGCAGCUCCUUGACAAGAUUAAAACUUAUUACGACAAGGCAGAACAUCAAGAUGCAUCUUUUAGUAUCAAGCGUAGAGAAAGUUUGAGUUACAUUCCUGCUGGGUUGGUUAGAAACUCUAUCUUUAAGCUCAAUAGUCUGCCAAGACUUGAUCAGGGUAAUUACGCUAGGGAAAGAAUGGGCAGCAGUUCCAGUAAUUCAAAUGUUGAAAUGAGCAAGCCGGUUUCAUGGGAGGAUACGUCCACCGUUACCAAUAAAAGGGACACUAAUGGGUUCACACACCAUACACAACCUCCAGGCCCAGCACGGAAGAACAGCUUUCCAGAACAACCUGUACCAGUUUCUGAUGAAGAAUUUCACUCCCCAAUAGAAAUGAUUAAAGUGUGGGAAGAAAUUGAAAAGCAGAGUAGCUGGAAUGAGAAUGCUACCUAUGAAGCAAGGAAAGACCCAAGAGAAACAUUAACCAGCCAUGGAGACCAGACCGAGAACGAUGUAGAAUCUAAUGAGCCUCUAAUAAUAGUGGAGGAGAGUGAUCUCAGUACUAUUACAGAGGAAUCCCAAAACACUACACCAGAGGGCAUAACCACUGAACACCUUACUGAGCCCACCUAUAAUAUGGGCUUCAGUGAUCAGGAAUACAAGACUCCAAUCAAGCUUCAUCCCUCAAUUUUGGAGUUUGCCGACUCUAUGGAAGAGGAUUUUGCAGAGAAAAUGAAGAAUAAAGUAUAUCAGCUGGCCAGACAGUACAGCCAAAGAAUUAAGUGCAAUAAGCCAGCUCCUCACAGACGUCUGAGGGACAUAGAGGAGGACAUUAGGAGGGGAAGCCUUUCAUCUGUACAGGAGGAAAAAACUGAAGAGAAAUGUAAACUGAAGCCUGCAUUGUCCCUUCCCACCUAUGACCACAUUGUACUGCAAGAGCACAGCCCGAAAACUCCCACAUCUGCUUCUUAUAGUGAAAAAUCCCCCAAACGUUUAUCAUUUACCUCAGAAAGCCCCCGGACUUCUUCCCCUGUAAGAUCUGACUGCAAAAGCCCCUUGAGUCCAGUAAAGACAGAGAAGUUUCACUGGCCUGAUGUCCGAGAGCUGAGAUCUAGGUAUGCCAGUACAUCGGGGAGCAGCAAAUCCCUUCCAGUGAACAGGAGCCUCUCUGUGCCUGACAAAAUGAUGGAGCAUCCAUCUGACACACAUAAAGAGGUGAUGAGCCAUUCAUGCAACAUGAAUAUGAAACACUCUAGCAGUGCGAAUGGUAUAGCUGAUGAAACCAAUGCUUUAGGCAAGGCAGCAGCUGAAGGUCCCAACGUAAAUGGAAAGCUCGAGUCCCUGAAGAACAGCAGGAACUCUGGGCAAACUACAGCUGAUUUUUACUACAUCAGUGCGGAAGCGCCUCUGGAAAACAACAAAAAAGUCAUAGUUCUGGAGAAGCUUCCAACCACCACUUCUUAUGAACUGGAAAAUGAUGACACCUACGUCCAUAUAAGAUCGCCUACCACACGGGAGAAAAUCUCACUCAAAGCAGUGGUUGAGCGUUGUAAGGCGUACCAGGAGUCUGACGAGUACAAGGCCAGGGAAGAACUUUCAAGGGGCAAUGGUUGUCUGGACUUUACCAUUGAACAGCCAAAACCAGAGGCGCGACCUGCAACAAGCAGCGACGCGGCCCAGAAAAGCAGAGUCAAAAAUCUAAGAGAGAAAUUCCAGAGUUCAACCACUACAAACCACUCGGAGCAUCCAUAGCAUUCUUUUUAUCGGACCAUAUUUUUUUUUUUUUAGAAGCGUUCAAAGAAGGCUUCCUUUGGGAAAGACUUGGUUUCAGCCAUGCUUGUCAGUGACCACUAAAAAAACGAUUUGCAUAGAUGGACUGUUAAACAUAUUUAUAUUCUGAACAGUGUUUUCCUGUAUAUAAUGUAUUUUAACUGUUCUUGGUAUACUAUGACUUGUGUAUAUUUGGUUUCAAUACAAGACUGUAGAUGAAUUCUCUGAAUAACUUUUAUACUUAUCACCUUUCUUAAUGAUGAAUGGAAAUUGUGGUGCACGUGUAUCGAUAUGUUCUUUAUGAAACCCCUAAUACUCUAUUUCCCCGCACAAUAUUCAUAAUAAGACAUAUCCACUGGCACACAGCCUAGAUCAGAACUACUAGACAUAACUCCAGUCUUUGGGGGGCCUCAUACAGAGGAUUGAGGCACACAGAGUCGUUUUACUUUGUGAAUUCAACUUUACAUUACUCAUAAUUUGUAUGUCGGUUCUAGAAAUCCUAAAACCAUGUAAGACUCAUCAAGUCCUUUAUUGACUAGGGUUGUGCAACAACAAUAAUCGAGGCUUGUGUUACCACUUACACUGACAAGUCUUGAAGAUAACAUAAACCUAGAUUUCUGUGUUAUUUAUUUGCCAUCUAUUUUAUUUUGUCAACCAUUGGAUACACCUGACUGUAAUUAUAUCUUUGUAUUGUACAUUCAAAUCAAUUUAUAAAGCUCUUUUGCUGAAAUAUA